AUGAGUUGCCAACCAAGCGUGUCGGUCCAGGCGGCCUUCGAGCUCUUUGACGACGACAGCAGCGACGACGAGACCGCAACGCCGCUUGUGGUGUCUCGUGAAGUGGUUCGUAUUUCUAUUGUGGAUGAAAGAGCGACUCUGACGGCUGAGAAACAGGAGCUGGACGCAGCAGCUCAAGUCACGCGCAGUUUGUAUGAGCCCUGGGACGACGUAAAGCCAUUAGCAGUAGGACCCAUCGAUCUGGUUACGAACUUCGAUGGUGUCGGUGGAGAACGCGGGUACGUGGCCUCAAGAGACCUCGAGCCGGGUACACAGGUGCUCGUUGAGCAGGUAUACGUGCCCUGGCCGCGUGAUGUGGACGCAUCGGACCCUGAGUUUUUCGUGGCCACGAUGGAGUCAGUGCUAGUGCGGCCAGAUUAUGCUGACGUUAUGCAGCAUUUGAGCCAUUUGUACCCUGAGAAGCUUAGUGAACUACCGGAAGAAUUGCUUACUGCAGCAAGGAAGAAGUACGGCUCGCAAGUGGACGAGUUGUGCAAGAACUUUGAUUCCUUAGCGCUCUCGCGUGACCAUGUGCUGCAGAAUGUGCUUGCUAUGCAGUGUAACGCGUUCGAUAGCGGCAUCUUCCUCUACAGUGCCAUGUUCAACCACGAGUGCAACCCGAAUUGUGUCAAGUUUACGCCUGAAGAUAUCGGACCAGAAGGUGCCGUGUCAGAGGUGCGAGUGGCACGGCCCAUUGCCAAAGGAGAGCAGCUCACCAUUUCUUACUUGUACCCUCGCGAACAGAGUCGUGAGAAUAGAUUGAAGAAUCUGUGGGAGCAGUUUGGCUUCGAAUGCAAAUGUGAGCUCUGCAAGCGAGGAGAUAGCGUAUUGCCCUCACCAUCCACUGCUGCUGGUGACAGUGAUGGCACAAAGCCGCGCAUGCAGGACAUAGAAAAGGUGCUAGUCGCUGCGGAAGAGUUGAUUCAAACGAAGCCGAAACGUGCUGCUGCCGCGUUAGCGGUAGCGCUAGAGGCACUCUCGGACGCGCUGGAGAUUGCAGCUCAUGAUCACUUGGUAUUUAUGCGCAUCCACAAGUUGGUAGCGGACUCAUGCGAACUACUUUUGGGUGCGAAGUCUGGGCGGCUGUGUGAAUACUCGAUUCUUUUCCUGCGUAGCAGUUACGAACUACUUGAGCUUCAGCGGACAUACCUGAACCCCGACCACAUCGACCUCGCACGUACGUUGAAUGAUGUAAGUCAGGGUAUUCAGCUCUUGUUGUCGUACGAUCCAACGGUGCUGCUCACGGAAUUUCCGGAAUGGAAGGACUUUCGCCAAGCGUCGGUGGUUGAAAACCAGUACCGUCAGGAGUAUAAACGGCUAAAGCGACUGUAUGAAUAG